CUCACUGCCCAAAGCCGCUUCCUCUGUUCCUUCUUUUUCUUCCUUUUCAUCUCUCUCUCUCCCCCCCCCCACAAAUGGAAAAUUCCGAAGCUGGUGAUCUUCCGAUACGUUGUCUUCCCGUUCUCUUUCGUUACCCGGGUUCGAUUCUUCUGCUGAAUCUGCUUGUUGCUGCGGUUCGCUGCGAUAUUCCGACGACCCUUGAAGGCCCCUUUGAGCCCGUCACUGUUCCUUUCGAUCCUAGUCUGCGCGGCAUCGCCGUUGAUUUGCCUAACACCGAUCCUCGCGUUCGCCGCCUCGUUCAGGGUUUCGAGCCUGAGCAGAUUUCAGUGUCUCUCUCGGCCAGCCAUGAUUCAGUUUGGAUCUCAUGGAUUACAGGGAAAUUUCAAAUUGGUGACAAUAUCAAGCCAUUGGAUCCUAAGGCUGUCUCAAGUACUGUUUAUUAUGGAACCUCAGAAUCCGAAUUAGUACAUGAGGCUAGUGGUCAUUCUCUCAUUUACAGUCAGCUUUAUCCUUUUGAAGGACUUCAGAACUAUACCUCAGGAAUCAUCCACCAUGUUCGACUUGCAGGGUUAGAACCAAGCACAAUAUACUAUUAUCAAUGUGGAGACUCCUCACUAAAAGCAAUGAGUGACAUCUACCAUUUCAAGACAAUGCCAGCUUCUAGUCCACAGAGCUAUCCAGACAGAAUUGCAGUAGUGGGAGAUCUUGGCCUUACGUAUAAUACAACUACAACCAUCAGUCACAUGAUCAAUAACAAACCUGAUCUUUUCCUAUUGAUUGGUGAUGUGACCUAUGCAAAUCUAUACCUAACAAAUGGAACUGGCUCUGACUGCUAUACCUGCUCAUUCCCAGAAAGUCCCAUACAUGAGACCUACCAGCCUCGAUGGGAUUAUUGGGGAAGGUUUAUGCAGAAUUUGGUUUCCAAAGUACCGAUGAUGGUGGUGGAAGGAAAUCAUGAAAUAGAAGAACAGGCAUUUAACAGGACAUUUGUGGCUUACAGUUCUAGGUUUGCCUUCCCCUCUGAAGAAAGCGGGUCUUCAUCCACGUUUUACUACUCCUUUAAUGCUGGGGGGAUCCAUUUUAUUAUGCUUGGGGCUUACAUUGGUUAUGAUAAAUCAGCUGAACAAUAUAAGUGGUUGCAAAGAGAUCUGGCUAGUCUUGAUAGGUCCAUAACUCCCUGGCUUAUAGCUACUUGGCAUCCUCCAUGGUAUAGUUCUUAUGUGGCACAUUACCGAGAAGCAGAGUGCAUGAGGGUGGAGAUGGAAGAACUUCUAUACUCACACGGCGUGGAUAUAGUAUUUAAUGGGCAUGUGCAUGCUUAUGAGAGGUCAAAUAGGGUUUACAAUUACAGUUUAGACCCAUGCGGUCCUGUCUAUAUUACUGUUGGGGAUGGAGGUAACCGAGAGAAGAUGUCAAUCCAAUUUGCAGAUGAGCCUGGACAAUGUCCCGAUCCAUCAAGUACUCCUGAUCCUUACAUGGGAGGCUACUGUGUAACAAACUUUACAUCUGGCCCUGCAGAGGGUCAGUUUUGCUGGGAUUGGCAGCCGGAGUUCAGUGCAUUCAGAGAAAGUAGCUUCGGCCAUGGAAUUCUAGAGAGGGAGUAUCAAAUUUAGGUCUUCUCUUGUGACAUGAGAUCAAAUGAUCAACAGGCGAGUGAGGGGAAGAGAGAAACAGAGCAUAGCUGCAUAGGGGAUCCCAUUUCCAGCUAUGUGAACCCGACAUCUAUCUUCAUAUUCUCUGGAGUUCUCAUGUCAUAAUAGAGGAUCCAACAUAUCAAUGCAUAACCUUUUGUUUGAUCUUGUUUUUUAUGUUUUUUUUUUUUACUGAAUAUUAAUUUUCAAUAUAAGCAACAUCUUAGCAUGCUAACGGAACCUGGGUUCAUAUAUCCCUGUCAACCAUACGGAAGUCUGCACUAAGUCUCACUGAGCUGAACCAAGUAGACAAACUCCUGGAUUGUGUUCUUUUUGAGGAAGAUAUAGGAUAGAAGAUUUAUAGGUUCCUAGAGAGCUAUUAAGCACUAAAACUGAUAGACACUGCACAAUUUGAUAUUUGUAUUACAUGCAUUAUGUCGAAUUUGUAUCCUCUCUAGUUUCUCUUCUGCUUGUUUAGUAGCAUUUCCAUGCUACUUUUAAUCUUAGCCCUCCAUGCAAGAGGGGCCAAGAUUUUACUAAUUUGUUUUAAAUAAUUUUUGCGAGUGCAGAAAUAACAGAUAAUACAUUUACUAAUAUAUUUUUUAUCAAGUGUCCGAACUUUU